CGCUACCGCCCAGAUUACUUAGAGGAUUAUGAUAAAAUCGGUUACAAACAUACGCUGGCCACAUUUUAUUCAAAGGCCUGCUUUUGGUGGCUAACUCCCUUGCUGUGGUUUGGUUACAAAGAACCCUUGGAAUUGGAAGAUUUGGGUCAAAUGCGAGUGGAGGAUAGUGCGAGGGCACAUUAUGAUCGUUUUUUGCUUAUUUAUAAAACAGAAAAAGUGAAACAUUCGGACAAGCCUCCCUCAUUGUGGCUGUGCUAUUUGAAAAACAGUUGGCGGAUGUUCACUUUGGGUGGUCUCUUAAAAUUGUUCGGUGAUUUAUUUGCGGUGAUUGGCCCAUUGGCUAUACAGCAAAUUGUGCAAUAUAUCGAAAUCAUGUAUAGCAUGCAUUACGACGACGGCAACAAUCGACCGGGCUCUGAUGACCAUCAGCAACAAGGAGGCAAUAGCAACAACAAUAUAAAAAGAAGCAUUAGAAGUAACCAGGCCAUUAAUGCCACAAAAAUGGCCCAAAAGGCAAUCAAUGUCGUAACUGUAGCAGCAUUCGAUGCAGCAACAGCAUCGGGAUCCAAUUGGCUGCCAAAUACAAUGUGUCCAGAAUGUGCAACAAGAGAUUCAGCCUGGAUGCUGCCCAGUUACGACAACUUAGAUAACAACUACAAUGAUUUUGGAAAUAUUAAUACCGAUGUGUAUAAUCAAAUUGCCAAUGGUAACGAUUAUAAUGCAACCACAAUGCCUUAUGCUUCUCUUUCAGCUGCUGGUGCUUCUUCGUCGUACGCCUCCUCCUCGUCCUCCUCAUACGCUUCGUCGUACUCCCCCAUGGCCAUGGAAGGCAUAACAAGUGAUAGUGAAGUGGAAAUUUACUAUGCCACAUGGUCUGAUUUAGUAACGAAUGGCUGGUGCAUUGCUUGGCUGGUACUGUUGGCUGCCCUGGCCCAGGGUGCCUUGUCACAGGCAUCAACGCACAUACUUAAUAUGACAGGGAUUCGCAUCAAGACAUCACUGCAGGGUCUCAUCUAUCGUAAAACACUAUUGUUAAAUUCAGCAUACAUUGAAACAAAUGCCAGCCACUCCCCCGCCUCGACUUCCUUCACCAGCAGCAGUCCAGGCAACUCAAUGGCAGCUACGAGGCCAAAUGACUUGCAACAAUCGAAUGGUGAUAAUCAUUGUAAAUCGGAAAAUGGUGUGAAUAGUAAUUGUACCACUACCACCACGACAACGUCAAAGACUAAUGCAAGUAGGUCAGAUAAUGAUAGUCUCAUCAUUGAUGAUUCUACCAAUGCCGAGGACAUAAAUUUACCAACAACAACAACAACGACAUCGAAGGAUAAUAACAAUGUU